CACGUGGAAUCCUUGUAGUCGAAUGUUGUAACGGCUACUUUCUGUGCUUUUAAUUGCUCCGCUAUUUUCACAUCAAAUCUGAGCAAUCUCCAAAGCCACUGUUACACUUCCAAAUUUCAGACAAACCAGGAUUCAUUCACGAAAAUAUGGGCACCUAUAUGGUGGUUGAGCAUUUACAGUGUUCCAUGUCCAAAGAUCUGCUUUGCAAAUUUCCCGACAAUUCAGCAUUCGAUUUCGAUUAUACACAGAGUUCAAUUUGGUCUCCUCUAGUACCUCGACCGUUGUCGUCUUACCGGAGGCUCAGCUCAGGUCUGUCGCGAAAGCUGUCGUACAAGGAUGUUUCAGUUGGCUGUAUUGGAGCAGCUAAUUUCAAGAAAGUGACAACAAAAAUCAAGAGGAAGUUGUCCAAUGCUGUUACAGAGAAUUUGAGGGAAUGUCACAGAUUGAAGAAGAGAAAGAAGGCGGCUUUUGAUUUCACUCGUUUACCAUCUUCAUCUAAACUCGCCUCCACUACUACAACCCCACGAAAGUGGUGUAAGGUACUGAAAGCUGCUACCAAGCAUUUCAAGAAGAGGAACAACAAGAAAGAUUCCACAGGUGAUAUUAAUUUUUGCAGAUCUUUGACUGAUAAUAGUCUUCUGCGAAGUUCUACAUAUCCAUAGUUUGUAUGCUGUUUCAAUUGAUUUUUUUUUUAAUUUUUAUGUGGGGGGUGGGGGUGGGGGUGGGCGCAAGAGAAUUUGU